AUGACGAUAGCUCGCGGAAAAAGAAUUGGUACUCUUUACAAGACAGGAGGAGCAUGUCAUUUGAUUGCAGUUGCAUCAAAUGAAAAUCCCAAUCUAUGGCACCAGAGACUUGGCCAUAUGAGUGCGAAAGGGAUGAAGGUCAUGCACUCAAAGGGGAAACUUCCAGGUCUUCAGUCAGUAGAAAUUGACAUGUGUGAAGACUGCAUAUUUGGAAAGCAGAAGAGGGUCAGCUUUCAGACAAGUGGAAGAACCCCAAAGAAGGAGAGGCUUGAGCUAGUUCACUCUAAUGUUUGGGGUCCAACAACUGUCCCAUCCAUUAGUGGGAAACGAUACUUUUUGACUUUUAUUGACGAUCACUCCUGA